CGAAAAAAAAAACGGCACAAGAGUGAACUACACUGUCAGCAUCAGAUGCCACAAUCGCACCUCACCAUUAAAGAGCGCCGACAAUUUCUAGUUUGCGACUCCCAACCCAUUUAGCGGGAGUUAAUAUCCAUGUUUCCCAAAUAGACCGAGCGACAUGUCAUAUCCUCAAGGCCUAGUCAUGUCUGAUGGAUGCCCGUUUGGUAGAACUAGUCAGUUGAAUGACGAACUUGACUCUUCAUGCUCUACCCUUCCCGGCCAUCCGAGGGUCGACCUCCGGAACCAAGCGGCAACGUAUAGCUUCCUCGAGAGGGAGCUUUGGCCGGCAGACCUCGAACGUAUAUGGCGAAAGCUGUGGUGGAUGUCAAAAGUCGACAGCGGCAACAUCUCUCCGCUACACCGACAAGCCGUCAAGAGUCGCAAGAUCGUCGUCACCGAGGACCCCCGACUGCACCUCGUCUGGAUUCAGGAUCGCAUCUUCGUCAAGCCAUUCCCGAGAUACUUGUCUUCUCAUAAAUUCUGGGCAGAUUAUUUUCCGAAAACACAGCCGCGGCAAUCUGGCCGAGACGGACGAGUCUCAAGGCUUAGGGGAGCUGCUCUCGGGUUCCUGCGGUCCUAUUUCUAUCUGAUCAAGCACGAAUCCGACUUUCGCAUCGCUCAAGAGCCACUCUUGGGUCUGAUCCCCCCGGAUGUUACAUGGGAACGGUUCUGCAGAUUUUCUGCAUCAUUUGGAGAUAUCUGCAACAACGAUGUUUCUGGGCGAUACCAGUUUGGGGAGAUCAGACUUACACGACUCAACUUCUACGCUCCGUUGCUGCUUCGCCAGACGGAAUACCACAGAACCCAUCAUCAGUAUAGCCAAUACUUUGGAAGGUUCGUCGGACCAAUGCUUUUUCUCUUCGGUUUCCUAUCCGUCAUCUUGAGCAGUUUGCAAGUCGCCACCGCCACGAUCCCGUCCUCAUACGUCAGCUGGUCCCUCCCAUUGUUUUUCUGGAGCAGCAUCAUCGUAAUAUUUCUUAUCCUCGCCUUGGCUUUAAUCCUGAUAGUGAUUUUCCUAUUUAAGGUUUCCCGGGAAUGGUAUCUCGCCAUUGGGGACUGGCGGAAGGCCGUAUUGUCUAUUGAAGAUAAUGUACGGAAGACGGUUUGA